CACGCCCCAUUACACAGCACUCUCUUCAAAACAUUUUUAAUAAUAAUUACUUGUUUACAAUUCCCAUUGAGACACAAUGAAUCGCAUCGACCUUACCCUGGAUGACAUGGCCAACAACAAGUUCCUCACCAUGUACAGUACUCUGAUCAGGAGAUUCGCUGCCUCCACGGAGUUUUCCACCAGCGAAGUAGUCAGCCUGCUGAUCGUGUUCUACAAAUACGCCCUCAACAACAGAUCCCGCAUGAUGUCCACCAGCCAACUGUACAAUCUAUUCCUUGUCAGCUUCGGGAUCUUCGACGUCACCAUCAUCGACCGCAUCUCGAUGAAUAUCACGCAAGACGGCCGCUCCGUCUCUCCAGAAGCCUGGAUGCGGCUGUUCUGCGUGUUCUUCACCGGGAAUCUGCAGGAGCGAAUUAAAUUCGCAUUUGAGGUUUAUACAAGUGGUGGCACGGUGGUUCUGAAUCGCGAGGUGGUCGGCGUGGCCAUUGAAAAAUUCUUCACUGGCGAUGACGAAGACGAGGUUAAUGAACUGCAAGCGGACAUGUGUGAGUUCAUAUUCGGAAAAUUCGACACCGACAAGGAUGGAGUGAUAGCGUUUGAUGAGUAUGCCGAAAUUGUACACCAUCAGCCUGGACUGCUCGAGUUUUUGGGUAAAAUAUUCCCGGAUGACAAGGACAGAUCAUUGGUGGCGUACUGCCACAACAUUGAGUCUAUGUUUCCGCCAGAAAUUGAAUAUUAAAAGAAAGAAAUAUUGUUUCGUA